CCGCCCUCCCUCCCACACUCCCCGUGGCGCGAGCGGCUGACUGAGCCUGGAGAGGAAACGGCAUUCGCAGCCGCGCUCCCGCCCAGGCAGGCCCUGACGCGGGCCUCGUCAGCCGGUAACGGGGAGCAGAGGUGGGGGUCAGGGAGGCGUCCACGAAGUCAGUGAAGGUCAGAACCAAGAGCCCUCCGACCCGGGCAGGAGCUGGGAGGAGGCGGCAGCGGCAGGAGCAGCGGCAGCGGCGGCAGCGGCAGCUGGGAGGAGGUGGUGACGGUGGCAACGGCUGCGUCGGGGACGAUGGCGCGACUGGUGGCAGUCUGCAGGGACGGGGAGGAGGAGUUCCCCUUCGAGAGGAGGCAGAUUCCCCUCUACAUAGACGACACCCUCACGAUGGUGAUGGAAUUUCCUGACAAUGUUUUAAAUCUUGAUGGACAUCAGAAUAAUGGUGCACAAUUAAAGCAGUUUAUUCAGCGACAUAGUAUGCUUAAGCAACAAGAUCUAAGUAUUGCCAUGGUGGUAACAUCCCGGGAAGUCUUGAGUGCACUUUCUCAGCUUGUUCCAUGUGUUGGUUGUCGGCGCAGUGUGGAACGCCUCUUUUCUCAGCUUGUAGAUUCUGGAAAUCCUGCCCUUGAACCUCUGACAGUAGGGCCCAAGGGAGUACUAUCUCUAACUCGAAGCUGCAUGACUGAUGCAAAGAAACUUUAUACAUUAUUUUAUGUACAUGGGUCCAAACUAAAUGAUAUGAUAGAUGCUAUUCCAAAAAGUAAGAAGAACAAGCGAUGUCAGUUGCACUCCUUAGAUACACACAAGCCUAAACCUUUGGGAGGAUGUUGGAUGGAUGUAUGGGAACUAAUGUCCCAGGAAUGCAGGGAUGAAGUAGUUUUAAUUGACUCCAGUUGUCUCUUAGAAACACUAGAAACAUAUCUGCGAAAGCACAGGUUUUGCACUGAUUGCAAAAAUAAAGUUCUCCGAGCAUACAAUAUCCUCAUUGGUGAACUUGACUGCAGCAAAGAGAAGGGCUACUGUGCUGCACUGUAUGAAGGCUUGCGGUGCUGUCCACAUGAGCGACACAUACAUGUUUGCUGUGAAACAGACUUCAUUGCACAUCUCUUGGGUCGUGCUGAGCCAGAGUUCGCAGGAGGGUAUGAGCGAAGAGAAAGGCAUGCUAAGACAAUAGAUAUAGCUCAAGAAGAAGUUCUGACCUGCUUGGGAAUUCAUCUUUAUGAACGACUGCAUCGCAUCUGGCAAAAACUCCGGGCUGAAGAACAAACAUGGCAGAUGCUCUUCUAUCUUGGUGUUGAUGCUUUACGUAAGAGCUUUGAGAUGACUGUGGAGAAAGUACAGGGUAUUAGCCGCCUGGAACAACUUUGUGAGGAAUUUUCCGAGGAAGAACGAGUUAGAGAACUCAAGCAAGAAAAGAAACGCCAGAGACGGAAGAACAGACGAAAAAAUAAGUGUGUGUGUGAUAUUCCUACUUCCUUACACACAACAGAUGAAAAGGCAGUAAGCCAAGAGAAGGAAACAGACUUCAUUGAAAAUAGCUGCAAAGCCUGUGGCAGCACUGAAGAUGGUAAUAGCUGUGUAGAAGUAAUUGUUACCAACGAAAAUACAUCGUGCACCUGUCCUAGCAGUGGCAAUCUUUUGGGGUCCCCUAAAAUAAAGAAAGGCGUAUCUCCACACUGUAAUGGUAGUGAUUGUGGAUAUUCAUCUAGCAUGGAAGGAAGUGAAACAGGUUCUCGAGAAGGUUCAGAUGUUGCCUGCACUGAGGGAAUUUGUAACCAUGAUGAACAUGGUGAAGAUUCCUGUGUUCAUCACUGUGAAGACAAAGAAGAUGAUGGUGAUAGUUGUGUUGAAUGUUGGGCAAAUUCUGAAGAAAAUAAUACAAAAGGAAAAAAUAAAAAGAAGAAAAAGAAAAGCAAGAUGUUGAAAUGCGAAGAACAUAUCCAAAAACUUGGAAGCUGUAUUACAGAUCCAGGUAAUCGAGAGACCUCAGGAAACACCAUGCACACAGUGUUUCACCGUGACAAGACCAAAGAUGCACAUCCUGAGAAUUGUUGCAGCGCUGAGAAGGGUGGGCAACCAUUGCCUUGGUUUGACCAUAGGAAAAACGUACCACAGUUCACAGAACCUACAGAAAUGUCAUUUGUUCCUGACUCUGGAAAAGGUGCCAAGAGCUUAGUUGAACUUCUUGAUGAGUCUGAAUGUACUUCAGAUGAGGAAAUCUUUAUCUCACAAGAUGAAAUACAGUCAUUUAUGGCUAAUAACCAGUCUUUCUACAGCAAUAGAGAACAAUACCGACAGCAUCUGAAGGAGAAAUUUAAUAAAUACUGCCGCUUAAAUGACCACAAGAGGCCCAUGUGUAGUGGCUGGUUGACAACGGCUGGAGCAAAUUAAAUAAAUAAAAUAGCUCUGUCUUUCAAUGAAACACACAAGAUGACUACUGCGCCUUCUCUUUUAAAAAAAACUCUUAAUUUAGUGACUUCUGGCAAAAUUUUAUCUUAAAUCAAUGUGAUUCCUUGUUUUGGGAGACGGUGGAGGUAACCUCAUUCAUUUGUUCUUUCUUCAGGCUUGUGUCUUUAGUUGCGUGGCUGCGCAGGCCUGCUUAUGAUUUAAGCCAUCUCUUCAUUAAACAUUUCUCUUCCUGUGAGACUUACUAAAGCAACUUAGUGGCAAAAGUAAUGUUGUACUUACACCUCUGUACAGAAAUGACAGUGAGCUGGAUAUAUGGUUUACAGUAGACAUCCACUUGCAAAGUGUCUGGACGCAAUGUGCAAAAUUUAAAAUAAAGAGUAUUUAUUAAUACGCAUAGUAGAAUGUGGUGUACAUGUUUCUACUCAGUGUGGUGGUGCUUUAGUAUUUGCCACUUGUGAACUUUGUACUUGGCCUGUAAUGAUGGAGAGAUCAUGAAGAGCAAAUGAAGAUAGAGAUGCAGACUGUUCAAGACAGAAUUCUUCCUCUGGUGAAACUUGACAACUGAGUAAAGCAGUUUCUGGUCUUGUUCUUAAAGAA